AUGUCAAUCCACGCUGUAAGUCGAUCCCAAUGCCAUCUGGCUUGGGAUAAUAGCAUUGCACCUAUUCUUACCGUUUCUUCCGGAGAGACCGUCACAUUCGAUUGUCUGGAUGCUUCGAAUGGUCAAAUUGAUCCGGGAUCUACUGUGUCGAGCCUUUCAUCUCUCGUCUUCUCUCAACUGGAUCAAGUGAAUGGUCCUGUGCGCGUAACAUCUGCCUUUCCUGGAGACACGCUUCAGGUCGAAGUGCUGAACAUAGAGACAGCAAGCUGGGGCUGGACGGCUUGUAUACCCGGCUUCGGUCUCCUUGCUGAUGAAUUCCCUGACCCGGCCCUGAAAGUCUGGUCGCUCAACAAGAACAGUCCGGGCAGCAUAGGCUAUGGAUACGCCUGGUUCGACGAAGCUCGCAGCAUCAGAAUCCCCUUACGUCCCUUCGCCGGCGAGAUGGGCAUUGCUCCCGGAGAGAAGGGUGCCUUCUCCACUAUACCUCCAUACAAAACGGGAGGUAACAUCGACACUCGCCAUCUCAGUGCAGGUUCGACGCUGUAUCUCCCCAUUGCAGUCGAAGGCGCGCUGUUCUCCAUAGGUGACGGCCACGCAGCACAGGGCGACGGAGAAGUGUGCGGAACGGCCAUUGAAACUCCGAUGAAGGUGACGGUUAGGCUGACUGUCUUGAAGAACAAGCCAUACGUAAAGACACCUCACUUCUCCAUCCCGGCUUAUAGCACCAGCGGAGAAGAGUUUUACUGCACAACCGGCAUCGAUUCAGAUAUCAGAGAAGCUACACGUGACUCUGUGCGAAACAUGAUCGCAUUCCUUUGUGCAGAGCAUGGACUUGACAGAACGGAAGCAUACAUGCUGUGCAGUGUGGCUGGAGACCUGAGAAUGCAUGAAGUUGUGGACAUGCCCAACUAUGUGAUCGGGAUGAUGAUACCCAAGUCAAUCUUCACGAAAGCAUAG